AUGCCUAAAGAUCAAUUGAGUAGAAGCAUGAGUAGGUGUUUCUUUUGCACACUCCAGGAACAAGAUUUAUUGCUCAGGAGAGCUGGAAUUGCAAGCUACUUGAGAAACAUGCAUCAGAUUGAAGACCAAGAACUUGUUCUAGUACUCAGUGGGCUGUGGAAUAUUGCCAUGACUGAACCUCAAGAUGGAGAGCUUCCUUCUUUAGGUGUUUUUGAAUGCAUGGCAAGUCUUAUUGAAAGAAGUGUCAAUGAUGUAGAUUGGCUUCUUAGCUAUCAAAACAUUUACAAUGCAUAUUAUGCAGCUCAUAUUAUUGGUUCCUACACGAUAAACAAUGCCGAGUAUGCUGUCAAAGCUGUUGAUGCUGGUGUCAUACCACCAUUAUUGGAGCUUCUUAGAGGAAAGAUGAGCUGGGUAGAGCAAAGGGUAGCUGUUAGAGCACUAGGACAUUUGGCAAGCUAUGAAACGACCUUCAAAGCUAUAGCGCUUUACGAAGAAGAAGUGGUUAGAUUAGCCAUGCGUUUGGCUUCUACCUGUCUGGAAGUUGUUUAUAAGAUGUUUGUAGGGGUAAAAGACAAGAAGAAGAGGUUGAGAUACCAUUGUGACUUGCUCACGAGAGGGUUAGGUCUCGGGGAUUUGGAGAUAGAAAAUAGGAAGGCAGAGGAAUGGGCUAGUCAACUUCAAUGUUGGUGUCUUCAUCUUCUAAACUGCUUUGCCAUCAAAGGGAGGUCAUUAGAUCUCAUGUGUAAGCCAGAGUUCUUGAAGGAUUUGUCUGAGAUGUGGGGUGGACUUGCCAAUGGCACAUCUCCUUCAGGGAUUGGACUUAUCAGAAUUCUUUGUUAUAGUAAACUUGGAAGAAGAAGCAUAGCAGAAAUAAAGCAAGUCAUAGAAAAUCUAUGUAAUCUCUCCAGAUCUUCAGAUGAUUGGCAGUACAUGGGAAUUGAUUGCCUUCUUUUACUUCUGAAAGAUCCAGAUACGAGGUACAAAGUAAUCGAAAUUGCCACAUUACAUCUUAGUGAUUUGAUUGAACUUAGGGACAUUGGAGGAAGGUCAAACAUUGGUGAAAAGAUUGCAAGAGUACUUCUCGGUGAUUUUAAACUACGAAACUCCAAGAUCGUCAUGAGCAAUAAUGUUCAAAGAGCAUUAGAAGAAACAUGGAAUCUCAAUAUAAAGAAGAGAAUGAACGAGAAGACCAUGUCUGCUGAGAAACUCGAAGAGCAAAGAGUAUUGGUGGCCUUGAUAAAACAACAGGGAAAUCAUAGCUUUGAGUUGGGAAAGAUUCAAGAAGCACAAUUGAAGUACACAGAAGCAUUAGAGCUGUGCCCCACGAGAUUGAAAAAGGAGAGACUUGUGCUGUAUAGUAAUAGAGCUCAGUGUUCCUUGCUGCUGAAGGAACCUGAUGCAGCCAUAAGCGAUACAACUCGAGCACUUUGCCUUUCUAAUCCUCCGAACUCUCAUGGCAAGAGUCUUUGGAGAAGAUCACAGGCAUAUGACAUGAAGGGAUUGGGUAAAGAGAGCUUAAUGGACUGUAUUAUGUUCAUCAAUGGUUGUAUCAAAUCAGAAGCCACAAAACAUGUGAAAAUACCAUAUUAUGCAGUACGGAUGAUCUGCAAGCAGAUGGAUUCAACAUGGCUCUUUAAAGCUGCUCAGUCAAAGACAUUAAGCAAACGUGCUGAAACAGAAGAACAAUCGCAAAAAGAUGAUGAUCUUAGAAUUUACCAGGACAAACUCCCGAGUUUGAAAAUCUCCAUCCAAGGGAAGGGUUUCAUGGCAGGUAAUCAAGCUCCAUUAUCUAUGUUUAUCACCAAGUCUAGAUUUUUACGACUUAUAUACUUGCUUCUUCAAUAAAUGAACGACGACAUAAGAGUUAAUAGUACUUAUUACUCCUGCCUUAUGCAUUGGAUCAGGUCUGUCCACCACUUCUCAAGAACCUUUGCAUGGAAACUGGAAAGGCAGAAGGAAUCUUGAUGGAGCUGGGGGAAGUGGAGAGAGUUUUUCAAAUCAAUGAGGCAUUCUACCGAUCAUUAAGAAACAAUUAACAGGAAUUGGUCUUAACAUGAUUGAUUGGUGAAAAGCGGGAAACACAGAAGAAGACAAG